GGAGGAGCUUUGAAAAUAUUAGAGGCUACGUGUCUCGAAAUAAUAAGUGCGUUUAAAUAAAUUAUCUUACCACAUAAUUAGAAGAGGUGACGCAAGAUGAAAACAAAAAUCAUAAUGAAGAUUUAAAUCGACAAGAAUCUAUCUAAAGACGCAAUGUCUUCCAAAGACACUAUUAUUAAGAUUGAUGACUCAAGAAAUGGCAGAGAGAGUCAAAAAACAGAGAUUAAUAUACUAUGCCUCAAUCUAACGCCAUACAGCCAGCUCACACAGUUCCUUUGUUGUUGUAUAUUUGUAUUUAUAUGCUAUUUAGCCUAUGGAUUUUAUCUAGAGCUCAUAUUUUCUGAUCCGGAGGUUAAGCCUGUGAGUUUGUAUAUAACUUUAGUACAAUUUAUUAUAACUAUGGCGCUCAGUUAUGUGGAAUCGUUGAUAAGAAAUCCCAUUAAGAGAAAAGUACCAUUAAAAAUAUAUGCCUUACUAGCAGCAUUGACACUUGGAACCAUGUCACUCUCAAACCUAGCACUAAGUUACCUGAAUUACCCGACGCAACUCAUCUUCAAGAGCUGCAAGCUCAUACCGGUGAUGAUUGGGAGCAUCAUUAUACUGGGGAAGAGAUACGGUUUCCUGGACUAUGUUGCGGCUGUGGUCAUGUGUAUAGGCCUUACAAUGUUUACUUUAGCGGACUCAAUGACAUCUCCAAACUUCGACAUAGUCGGAGUGAUUGUGAUAUCCUUAGCUCUUCUCUGCGACGCCAUCAUCGGCAACGUGCAAGAGAAGGCCAUGAAGCAAUUCCAGGCGUCCAACAAUGAAGUGGUUUUCUACUCUUAUGCCAUUGGCUGCGUUUAUUUAGUAGUCAUUACUGGGAGUACGGGGAUAUUGACUAAAGGAUAUGUUUACUGUUCAGAGGUGGGCAGCCCGCUAACCAUGUACGUCAACAUAUUCCUCCUAAGCUUGAGCGGGUAUCUCGGCCUACAGGCGGUGCUGACGCUAGUCCGGAUAAGCGGGGCGACGGUGGCGGUCACCGUCACCACUAUGCGGAAGGCGCUGUCUAUCAUCAUAUCGUUUGUGCUGUUCAGCAAGCCAUUCGUUUUCCAAUACGUAUGGUCCGGCAUGCUGGUCGCCCUGGCGAUAUACUUGAACCACUACAGCAAGAGGAACCCGGGCUAUGUGCCCGGUAUAGUUCUCGCUUGCUUGCAUUACACGCAGUCCUUCUACCAGUCAGAGUAUAGGUAUUUAAGGAUGAAGUCCAAGAUUUAUUCGGACACUGUAUAAGUAGGUUAUUUGAUUUUAUUUAUAGGGCUAUAGAAAUGUU